UGCAGACUGAUCACAUCUCACAACUACUCUCUCCACUUUCUUUGUAUAAAACAGAACGGAUCAGAUCCUCUUUCAAGAAUAUCAAGGUGUGAAGAUGCUUCAGAGGAAACUAUUAGUUUUUUUUGUCUUGCUGUGUGCCACUGCCAUUGGAGUCUUUUCUAGAGCUUCGUGGAUUUUAAAUGUGUACCAGGAUUUCUUCCCCCCUCAGAAUGAAAGUGUUUGUGCCUGCAACAAAUGUUUAAUGGAAUAUGACCCAUGGCUUAGUGAACUUAUGAAAGAAUCUCCUGAGCCCUUUCUAUCACCCACAAACAAUAUCUCAGAGGAUACAUUUAAUUGGUGGAAGAACAUACAGACAGACAGACGCAACUUCACUUUCUACAAUAAAACAGUGGACAAGGUUUUUCAGAUCUUCCCAACCAAAGUCAAUUUCACAAGAUCCAGCCCUGACCUUUGUAGAACUUGUGCUGUGGUUGGGAAUUCUGGUAAUCUCAAUGGAUCGCGUUAUGGACCACUGAUAGACUUUCAUGAUAUUGUCAUAAGAAUAAACCUUGGGCCCACAAAAGGCUUUGAAAGAGAUGUUGGAAACAAAACAACAUACCAUGUGAUGUAUCCAAGGAGUUUCAAAAAAUUGGACAACACCACACAUCUUGUGUUUUUUCCAUUCAAAAUUUCCGAUCUACUGUGGCUUAUCCGGUCUUUUACUCAAAGGCAAAAAGAAACUGCUAAAUCAGGUGUGAAAACUAACACGAAUUUGGUGAUGAUCCUCAGCCCUGCUUUCAUGAAAUAUGUCCAUUAUGUUUGGCUAGAAAAGCAUGGGAGGUAUCCAUCCACUGGCUUUCUGACUUUGGUUCUCAGCUUGUACUUGUGUGAUGAG